CCUGUAACUAUUUUCUUACGCCGGUUCUUCUCGCCGGGAUAGUUCCCAAACCGGUAGUAGGCACCAGUGGUAUCAACGUUCUGAAAGCAUUUGUUACAAAUCUAUUCGGAAAUCAAACAAUUUUUAUUUCCGAAUAGAUUUGUUUGUGUUUCAGGAAAAUGGACACUCCGAUCGCUCUAGUUAUCGGGAAGGAGGUGACCCGUACGCCGGAGGGAACUCUGGUGGUCACUGAUGAUGUGGUCUUGCAAAGAAGUGCAUCAGGGCGCAUAAUGAGUUAUCGCCCUGAGCACCUCAGCGUCUCGGACGACUUGAUGUUGUUUGACGCAAUGCAGGAGGAGCCGUCCGAGGAACCUGAUGUCGACGACGCACUUGCCGAGGCUUUUGCUGAUUCGGGCAGUGAGGCGGAGGAGGAUGAGGAUAUACCCGAGGAGUUCGAGGACGCAGAAUCCGUCCAAUCAAAUGCUAUAUUUGAUUGGACGGAUGAUUAUUCCUUAUUUCGGGGCGCUCAAGAGGAGUUCCAUGAGAGUGAUGGUCCCAAAAUUGAGGGAACACGCUGUUAA